ACGCUAUUAACCCGUAACGAAACAAAGCUCGUUUGCUUCCUCCAAUGGCUCUUGUACUGUCUCCUGUUUGUGCGGAAGCUCUCAAAUUCCAGAACCCAUUGUUGAAUUCUUGCUCAAGAAGUCCAUGGCGUGUCACGGCGUGGAAUAGCAGUGCUUUGAGUUUGAUGGGUCAUGGUGGAAGGCGCAGAGGUUGUGGCAGACUCAGGGUUGCGGCCAAGGAUUCAACUUUAACGGAUGCUGUUGCUGAUGACUAUUAUGAGGUUUUGGGAUUGCUUCCAGAUGCCACGCCGGAGCAGAUAAAAAAAGCUUAUUAUAAUUGUAUGAAAGCUUGCCAUCCGGACUUGAGCGGCAAUGAUCCAGAGACCACAAAUUUCUGCAUGUUCAUUAAUGAAGUCUACGCGGUACUUAGUGACCCUGUGCAGCGCAUGAUUUAUGAUGAGAUUCAUGGGUAUGCAUUGACGGCUAUCAAUCCUUUUCUAGACGACUCCAGCCCGAACGAUCACGUAUUCGUUGAUGAGUUUAGCUGCAUCGGCUGUAAAAACUGUACCAAUGUGGCUUCAGAUGUAUUUCAAAUUGAGGAUGACUUUGGAAGAGCCAGAGUAUACAGCCAGUGCGGGAAACAAGAAAUAGUUCAGCAAGCAAUUGAUAGUUGCCCAGUUGAUUGCAUCCACUGGACUUCUGCUGCACAACUAUCCUUGCUUGAAGAUGAAAUGCGCAGGGUAGAAAGAGUAAAUGUUGCACUGAUGCUUGCAGGAAUGGGAUCAUCAUCAGAUGUAUUCAGGAUGGCAAGUUCUCGAUGGGAAAAAAGACAAGCAAAAGUCCUGGAACAAGCUAAAGUAAGGAUGGCGAAGAAGAAAGGUGCUGAUGAAACUGAAUCAUACUGGGACAACCUUUGGGGCACGCCAAAAGACUACAAAAAAUCAGAGGAGGAAGUGAAAGAGAGAGCAAAAAGAGCAGCCGCAGCGGCUCGAAGAUGGAGGGAAUACUCAAGGAGGGGGGUUGAUAAGCCUCCCACUUUUAAACUUCCUGAGACAAUCGUCGAGAAGGAAAAAUGAUCAGUGUCCCAAGUGGACGAUUCCACAACAAAGCUAUUGUAUUUUGGGAGAACUUGUGUUUGGAUUCUGCACCCUUGGUUGAACGAAAAGACGAAGCCACUUGAAUCAGACUAAAUUAUGAAUGAUGACAAGGAAAACGAAAAAAAGAAAAAAAAAAAAAAAAGAAAAAAACUCAAUUCUGAACAAAAAAUGGAAUAACAUCACGAAACCAGGCCAGUCUUUAUUUUGUUUUGCAACUUGAAUUUAGUUUUUGUUUUUUCACCCUUUUCUGGCUCAGUGUACUUUAGCAAUUUGUAGUUUGAUUUUUCUUUGUUUUUAAUUUUUUUUUUUUUUCUAAACUCAUUCAGUAUAUAAGUUCUAACAAUCGAUGGUCUUCAAUUUUCA